CUUCCGGUGCAACAAACCAGCGCGCUGAGUUUGACUGUCGGCUUUUUGACAACACAGCGGACCGUAGGUAGUUCACAGGCACCAGACAUUUGGUUGCUGCAAUUUAUUCUUCCAACUGCGUAAAUGUCGUAAGUGUCCGCAGUUUCACGGGAAUAGAGGGUGACACGAUGGAGGCGGGAGACCACAAACAAAACAUCAACGUGGAGGUCCACGUUAAAUCUGACAGCACUGCUAAACUGUCUGAUGUGAGGAUGCAUGUUCAGACUCUGCUGAACCGCCACAGCGUGGUCUUUGGAAACUACAGAUGGACAGAGUUUGAUGAAGAUUUCCUGAAAAAGCAUGUGGAGUCUGUGGCUAUAGUUGAUCAUGAGGAAAUGGCAACGCAGCCUCUGGAUUUGAAGAGCUCCUCGCUCUCUGUUCACAUCUUCACUCUGAAUGAGGAUGGACCCAGUAUGCUCAGUUUGGAGGAGGAAGAGGAGCUUUCAGCUGCCAAUCACUGGUUGCUGCCAGCAGCUGAAUUCCACGGGAUUUGGGAGAGUCUGGUGUAUGAGACUGGAGUUAAAACUCAGCUCCUGGAUUACGUCACAACAACAAUUUACUUCUCAGAUAAAGAUGUUGACAGCAACCUGAUUUCCUGGAACCGUGUGGUGCUGCUUCAUGGACCUCCGGGCACAGGCAAAACAUCCCUGUGCAAAGCUCUUGCCCAGAAACUGUCAAUUAGACUUUCAACUCGGUAUUCCUAUGGCCAGUUCGUCGAGAUAAACAGUCACAGUUUGUUCUCGAAGUGGUUCUCAGAGAGUGGUAAGCUGGUCACGAAAAUGUUUCAAAAGAUCCAACAACUGAUUGAUGACAAAGAUGCUCUUGUGUUUGUUCUGAUUGACGAGGUUGAGAGUCUGACAGCAGCAAGAAACGCCUGCCAAGCAGGAACAGAACCUUCUGAUGCUAUUCGAGUGGUCAACUCAGUCCUCACUCAGCUGGACCAGAUCAAACGACACUCCAAUGUAGUGAUCUUGACGACCUCCAACGUGACAGAAAAGAUUGACUUGGCGUUUGUGGACAGAGCUGACAUCAAGCAGUACAUCGGACCUCCAUCUGAGAAAGGCAUCUACAACAUCUACCUCUCCUGUCUCGAGGAGUUAAUGAAGUGCCAGAUCAUCUACCCCCGGCAGCAGCUCUUUACCAUGUUUGAGCUCGAGACCAUGGGCUUUGCAAUGAGCGAGGUGUCCGAGCACAGCCUCAACCUCAGGAACAUUGCGAUAAAAAGCAAGGGUUUUAGUGGAAGAGCACUCAGGAAGUUACCGUUCCUAGCCCACGCACUCUUUGUAAAGACACCGACAGUAACUCUUGAGCGGUUUCUGGAGGCAAUGAGCCAAGCGGUGGAAAAACAGAAGGAGGAAAAAUCUAACCUGAUUAACGGUGUCUGAACUUAUUACAAUGUCCAAAGGCUGACACUUGAUUGUUCUUAAGCUGUCAACACCCUGUUUGCUUGUAGUGUGGAAAACUACAACCCUUCUUUUUUUAAGCUUUGGCAGCACUACAUUAAAUAUAUUGACAAAAACAUUUUUUUAACCACUUCUACUCUAUCCAUAACAUGCAUCUUUAUUCAGGUAAUUUUGUUUGGUGCUACUGUCUUAAAAGACCACAUCUGCAUCUGUGGAUGGGUUUUGGUUUGAGAUGUAGUUCACAGUGUUUAAAUUUUCUGUGUUUACUCUGUUCUCACUUUCAAAGUGUUGUUUGUUUUUUAUAUAACAUGCAGCUUUAACUUUAGCAAUGACAACUUUGUUGUUACAGUGUUAAAGGACUGUUGAGUUUUUGCAUAAAUUAUUGCCAUGAGUUAAUUUCUUGUCAGCGGUUAACCCACUGAAAUAACAGCCUGUUGAGCGUAAACUUCAGUCUUGUGACGAGUUAAAGGCCCUAGUUGAAAAUAUAUGAUUGGAAAUAUAGUAAACCUGAUGCAUUGUGUUUGUUUUCGUUGAUUGCUUUGGAUUUAAGAGGUCUUUUCCCGGUUCUCUUAACCGACCUCAUUGAACAGGCUCAUUUGUUUCAUCGUCAGUUUUAUAUUUAUGUUAACAGCCAUUUCCCUUUAAUCUGUCUGUAUUCAUUACACCUUUAUUUUUUAUAUAAUACUGUAAUAAAUAAUGUUCUUUA